UUUUUCUCCUAUAAAAAUUUGUUACUGCUUUUUGUAGAGGGAGUAGCAUAUCGUUCGUCCGACAACACUGUUUAGUAUUAGUGAAAAUUACAUGAUUGAAUUGUAUACGUUUAUUUCAUUAUUGAUUUAUUAUAAACAUUAAUGUUAAUUAAUUGAAUAUUAAAAAACGUAUUUAUAUAAUUAUAUAAAAUGGGAAAGGGAUUUAAUAAUUACAUGUGCAAAAAAUUUUUUCACCCAGCAUCUCGAGACAAUUUAAAACGAGUAUGGAUGGCUGAACAACAAGCAGAAGCUUAUAAGAAAAAACAAGAGGAAUUACGUGUUCAAUAUGAAAAAGAACAAGAUCUUCAUAAUAAUAAAGCUUUAUUGAGUAAAGAAAGCAAGGAUAAACUUAGUGUAAAUUUUAUGUAUGAACCACCACCUGGAGCAAAAAAAGAGAGAGAAAAAGAAGACAAUGAACCAGAGUAUAAAUUUGAAUGGCAACGCAAGUAUAAUGCACCAAGAGAAAGUUAUUGUAAAGGAGACAGUGAAAUAAGAGAUCAACCAUUUGGUAUUCAAGUACGUAAUGUCCGUUGUAUCAAAUGUCAUAAAUGGGGACAUAUAAAUACAGAUAAAGAAUGUCCUCUAUAUAGUCAGGCAAUGAGUGUAGUAAUGGCAAAUAAUUCACCAGCUACAUCUACUCCAGAUGCUUUAACAUUAGUUCAACAAAUGAGAGAAGAUGGAUUAGCACUUAAAAAAUCAGCUCUUAGUGCUCAACAACAUCUAAGAGUUCCAGAGCAUGAACAUCUUAUGGUUUCAGAUGAUGAAGAACAAUCUGAAAUUACAUUCCUAAAAACACUUUCUAAAAAGCAAAAAAAGAAGUUAUUAAUGAAAUUACAACAACUUGAAAAAAGGACUAAAAAAGCAGAAAAAAGAAAAUUGAAAGAAAAACGAUAUAAACAUAAAAAAAAUAAAAGUGAUAUUGAUAGCGAUAGUAGUGACAGUUCCAUCAGCAGUGAUGCUAGUAGUAGUAGUAGUAGUAGUAAUAGUAGUAGUAGUAGUAAUAGUAGUAGUAGUAGUAGUAGUAGUAGUAGUAGUACUAGUAGUAGUAGUAAUAGUAGUAAUAGUAGUAAUAGUAGUAGUACUCAAAGUACUAAUACUAGUAGUAGCAUCACAAAUAGCUAUGGUACAAAAAGAUUUAGAAAGGAACAAAAAAAAGAAAAAAAAAAUUCUAUUUCAAAUGGAGAUUCUAUGAAUUAUCAAGAAAAGAAGGAAAAAAAUAAAACCGACAGUAGGAAGAAAAGAAAUAAACAUGAAAAGAAAUCCAAGCAUAAAAAAUCUCAUGAGAAUGAUAUGAAAGGAAGUAAACAUAAAGAGUUUAAUAAUCAUAGAAAAAGAGAACUUGUAAAAUUUACUGGGAAAGAAACUAAUGAAAAUCAAAAUAGAAAGAAAAUAAAACGAUAUUAAAAUAUCUUUUCAUAUUAAAAAUAUAUACUA